UGUGAACGUAUGACGGUCUGUGCACAGAGGGGAGGGGGGCUGGGGGAAUACUGCCUGCUUAUAUUCAUCCAAUCCUCCUCUCUGCUCUGAGAGUGAAGACAGGAGGAGAUAAGGGGCUGGCAAAAUCCUUGUAACCUCAGAAAGCAGAAGCUGAGCAGCAGCAGAACCCUACAGAGAACUGACUGACGCUGAGACCACAGCAGCAUGGAACCCAACAGUCCCAGAAAGAUCCAGUUCACAGUACCAUUUCUGGAGCCACAUCUGGACCCAGAAGCAGCAGAGCAGAUACGCAGACGUAGACCUACCCCUGCCACCCUUGUCCUGAGCAGCGACCAGUCUUCACCAGAAAUAGAUGAAGAACGAACCCCAAACUUAUUACAAAAGUCUACUUUACCUAUGUCCCCACACCAGAGGAAAAAAGUGUCACGCACAACACCCACCAUGAAAGAACUCCAGUUAUUAGCAGAACAUCACUUGUGCAAACAGGGCUCAGAAGAUGAAGGUACCCCACAGAGUAAGAAGAGUGUGGAUGACAGACCAAACUUGGGGUGUUGUUGCCAUGGUAACACAGCUCCGGUUCAGGGAUCUCAGCAGACAAGCUCAUGUGGCUGUUUUACAAAGGACGGACAACAGGAGAAUAAAUCACUGGGGUGGAAACAAGAUUGUCAGGCGGACUGCUCAAAAGGGUUGUGUAGUCGUCAGACAAACACAGAUGUCAAGGAAACAAAGGAGAAAGAAAAUCAGAGCAGCCACUUACCGAUCGUUCAGGAUAAAUAAUUCUGUAAUCUGCAACAAGAUGGAAGAUGAAUUCCUCAAGUUUGCCUGGAGCCAGGACAGGAAUUCCCUCAAUGGAGGCGGAACAAGACACACAAAGGAUCCAGAACGCCUUUCUUUGGAAAUGAUAUUUAUGUUGCAUCUCUGCUGCUUGGGAGGCCUAAUGCUGCACUGUGUCUAGAGCAAUAAAUCGGAGGCCCCUCUAGAAGCAAAGAAACCCAGCAUUGUGUCCAAUAAAUUACCCCUGUCUGUGUCACGUCUAUACAGCAAGUCUGAAAGGGUGCUAGGCCAGGCAUUCUGUAGUUACCUUAGUACAUAAGUGGCCAAGAAUUAAUCAUUUGGAUGGGAACAAGUAAACUUAUCGUUUUGAUUUUACUGCAAUGUCUAAGGACCUCCUGGGAUCUAGAUCUUAUAUCAGCAGGUAAUUAAUCAGAGAAUAAUAUUUGUUGGGUGGCACCUUGGACAUGACAGAUCAGUUUGGGUCUGAGCAUUGGCUAUAAGGUGUCCAUUGAGAUUAGUAUCAUAUCUAAAGAAAACCUAAAGAUGUGAUCACAACUACCCGGCAGGUUUUAAUACAGUCAGAAGACAGAAUUCUACUUUAAUGAAGUCCAGAAAGGAUAUUAGCUAUUAUACAGACACCCACAAUGUGAUUAAUACAGAUAAUUCUCACCUAUACACUAAACCCACUCUGCCUGUUGGGGCUUUCUUUACAUUAUGCGCAAUUACAGCACCAUGUUAGAUUUUUCCUCUGUUUGUCAUCUUCAUUGUAACAUAAAGAAAAAUUAUUAAUGUUAAUAUAAUAAAAAAUAUCCUGAAAUGGUUUUA